UCUUGAAUGCGCUCGAAUGGGUUUCUAUCCAUACUUCCAAUGCAUCUCCUGCCAGAAGGGUCAACAAAUCAAUGGAACUACGUGUCAAGAUGUGGAUGAGUGUGAAAUCUAUAGACCCUGUCAUGACAGUGCAAUGUGUACCAAUCUUAAUCCUGGCUUUAGAUGUGGUCCAUGUCCACCCGGUAUGGAUGGUAUACAUGUGCAUGGCUAUUCUGCGGACUAUUUAUCUGUAGAAUUCCAAAAGCAAACCUGCGAGGAUAUUGACGAAUGUAAAAUGGACCUUUUCAGAUGUCCGGAGAACUCGUCCUGUCUGAAUAGCAUUGGUUCAUAUAGUUGUCCAUGUCAUGAUGGUUUUGUGAGCGAUGGCCCUUUUAGCUGUCUAACAGCUUUUGAUGCUUGUCAGAAGCUUUCCAAUUGCUCUCAAAAUGGCGAAUGUGUGCUGGUGGAUAAUUACAAAUAUGAAUGUCGCUGCAAAGUGGGAUGGGCUGGUAAUGGCACAUUGUGCGCCAGCGAUCGGGAUCUCGACGGCUGGCCGGAUCAAGCACUUGACUGUGUGGACACGCGUUGUCGUCAGGAUAACUGCCCUUAUUUGCCGAAUUCAGGACAGGAAGAUGCCGACAAAGAUGGCUUUGGAGAUGGCUGCGACGAUGAUGCCGAUGGUGAUCAAGUUUUUAAUAAACAGGAUAAUUGUCCAUUUGUAUAUAACAUUGGCCAGCAGGACACGGAUAAUGAUGGAGUAGGAGAUGCCUGCGAUAAUUGCGUUUCUAUAUCUAAUGCCAGGCAGAUCGAUGCCGACAAUGAUGGAAUUGGCAAUGAAUGUGAUGACGACAUAGACAACGAUUCCAUUUUGAAUCAACUUGACAACUGCCCUUUGCACAGUAAUCAGAAUCAAUCCGAUGUGGAUCAAGAUGGUGUGGGGGAUGCUUGCGAUAAUUGUCCAACAAUUCCUAAUCCCAAACAGGAGGAUCGUGACAUGAACCUGGUGGGCGACGCCUGCCACAGUAUUUAUGACAAUGACGACGAUGGCGUUCAGGAUUCGAAAGACAAUUGUCCGAUGGUUAGUAAUUCUGACCAGCUAGACACAGAUCAUGAUGGUAAAGGCGAUGUCUGUGAUGAUGAUAUCGAUGGUGAUGGCAUUCCAAACUAUCGGGAUAAUUGUCCUUUAGCUUUUAAUGCUAAUCAAACAGAUAUUAAUCGCAAUGGAAAAGGAGACAUAUGCGAAGAUGAUGAAGAUUUAGAUGGAACACCAAAUGGUAUAGACAAUUGCCCCAAUAACUCGAUGAUACAUCGCACGGAUUUCCGUACAUUACGAACGAUUCUAUUAGAUCCUGUGGAAAAUUCACAAGCCGAUCCGCAUUGGGAGGUGCAUGCGAAUGGAUCGGAGAUUGUCCAGACCCUUAACUCAGAUCCAGGAUUGGCAGUGGGCAGCGAUGUCUUUGGUGGAGUUGAUUUCGAAGGGACUUUUCAUGUGACCGAUAUGUGGGACGACGAUUUUGUAGGAUUUAUAUUCAGUUUCCAAAGCAAUAGAAAAUUCUAUGUGGUCGAAUGGAAGAAGGGCUUUCAGACCUACUGGGAAAGUAGGCCAUUCACAGCCUACGGCGAGCCGGGCAUACAAAUCAAACUGAUAAACAGCACCUCAGGUCCUGGCCCUAUGAUGAGAAACAGUUUAUGGCAUACGGGCGAUACGUCUGGAGAGGCCAAACUUCUCUGGCAUCAUCCCGACAAAAAAGGAUGGACAGAAAAUACCUCAUAUCGUUGGUCUCUUCUUCAUAGACCUAACAUUGGGCUAAUAAGAUUAAGAAUGUAUCAAGGCCUUGACUUGGUUUUGGACUCGGGAAAUGUCUACGAUUCAACCCUGAAAGGUGGACGUUUGGGUGUUUUUUGUUUCUCCCAACAGAUGAUAAUAUGGUCGAAUUUGAUCUACAGAUGCAAUAACCGAGUACCUCAUUUCGCCUACGAUGAAUUACCCACAAAUUUGAAGCUGAAAGUUGAUAUUGAUAACUAAUCAGAAUGUACUUUGCUCCAUCAACUUCUGUUAACUGCCAUAAACUUUAACCAAAUUAUUUAUUAUUUUAUUAAUUUUUUAUACCGUCUGACAAAAAAUACCAAUUUUAAUUUAUCAUAAGUUUUCUCCAAAUUUCAUUUCGUAUACAAAUGUGAUGAGGCGUGAACCUCCUUACGGGGAGGCCAAAAAAGUAUUCCAAAAUUUGUU